AUGCUUAUUUUAUUAACAAAACAAUACUCAGACGAAGAAGAUUUUGGAUCAAAACACAUAAACUAUACAAGUAAAGGGAACUCAAAUUCAUUCGAAAAUAUAUAUCAAAAAAUCAACCUGGAAUCAUUUACCAAAGAAAUCAUCAAAGGGUUUCCGUCGAUUUAUUAUUUAUGCAAUCUGCCAAACAAUGAAACACUAUUCAUGAGUAUAGGAUUUAGCUCACUGAGCGCUGAUAAUCAUCUUUGUAUUGUCUCUGAUUGCAUUAAAAUCACAUUAAUAGCUUCGAGAGAAUUUUCAACAAUUUUAGCUGCGGAAUAUUAUGAAGGAAAUAUUUUUUUGAUUGAGAAGAAAGAAAUUUUCGAUCCUGAUUUUGAUAAAUCCAUAUGAUUUACUACAAAGUUUUAUCUGCAUAAAAUGCGCAUGAAAACAAGAAAAUGAUCAAGAUUGUCAGAAAUUCCUUGUAAAAAUUUAAAAUAAAAUGGUGACGCUGACGGAAAUCGGUCUCCGAGGCGCACCUCCUAUGGAGCUGGUAGGGCCAUUCUCUGAUGAAGCUGAGACACAGGGCCUCGUACCCUGUCUAGGCAGGCCUCCAGAUAUGGGGAAGCUGUGCCGAAAAGGGAAUUUUAUUUCUCCCCUGAAGGUUUUCCUGUCCCUGCCAGAUGGGCUAGAUAGGUUUUUGCCUACCACAUGGUCUCCCCGCAUCGGGCUAUUGGGACACUCCCAAGAAGAUGGCUCUGCCCAGAGGAGCUGAUCCUCUGAACAGGUGGUUCAGAACAGAAAUCAAGAUAGCGAUCGGCCUGGGAGUAUGGUCGCAUCAAAACCCGACUUGAAGUCGUCUUUCGAGCUGAGGUGUGGUGGUCCGAUGGUUCGCCCACGUAUGGCCAGAUAAAUUAAUCUUAAUCUGAUAAAAAUUAUCAAUAUUCACUCCUUGGAUUUUUUAAAAAAAUAAUAUUGGUAAGCGCAGAGAAUUGUGAAAUGAUUGAAUACGAUAUUUUCACAAGAAGCUUUUCAGUUUUGCCUCUAGAGCUUGCUAUCGGUUAUAAACUACUUCAGAAGAAUCAAAAUAAGCUAUAUUUAAUAAAUCUCCCAGGAAAUAUUUAUGAAAGUCAAAUAGCAGACUCUUAUAGCUGAAAUAUAAUUUGCACAAAUUCUAUAGAGUAUUAUUCAACAGAAAGUAUAGUUAAAGCUAAAAAUAAAGGCGUUUUGUAUUUUAUAAAACAAGAUGCAGUCUAUCAUUUUAAUUUUGAUGCAACUGGGAUUAAAAAAAUAAAUAAUCUUAAAAUGUAA